AUGGCCGACCAAGGCAGCUUCAUUGUCAACUCCACCGCCCCUCCCCCAUCAUCCAUUGCACCCCCCACACCUGGCUCGGGUGCUCAUCACUUUCUCUCAAUCAAACUCAACUCUACAAAUCACAUCUACUGGAACACGCAGGUUGUCCCUUACCUAAUCGGACAUCGCAUUUAUGACUAUGUUAUUGGCGACAAACCAUGCCCCGAUGAUCCUGAGAAAGCAGCAGAAUGGCGUGUUCAAGAUGCCGCCAUUAUGAGUCUCCUUAUCACCUCUCUUGACAAAGAUGCUCUACCACUGGCUGUUGGUCGUCUAAGCGAAGAGAUCUGGGACGCCCUCACAACAGCCUUUAGCAAUCCCAACACUCCACGCAUACUUGCCCUCAACUUUGCACUUCAAAACUUGGUGCACAAGCAUGAUGAAACCAUUUCUCAAUUCGUCCAUCGAGCAAAGGAACUUUUCGAUGAACUGGCUGCCGCAGGCAAGCCGCUCCCCAUAAAGGACAUCAACAUUAUCUUCCGGUCUUUACGAGAAGAAUAUCAAUCCGUCGUUCCUACCAUGAUGUAUCGCCAACCAUCGCUAUCUUACUCUGAACUUCAUGGGCUCCUCAUGAGUCAUGAGUCUCUCAUCACCUCAUGA